UCAAAACGAGAGCACAAGUUAAGCGAAGAGCAAGAGGGAUAGGAGAGGGGGAAAAAAGUUUCAAGGGAGGCAGGACUCGGCUGGAUAGUCCUGCAGUCCCAAUUAUAUGUCUCUAAAAUACUUUAUUUCCAGUCGUUUUUGUAUUUUCUAUCAUUAUAAAUAUUUAAUAGAUAAUAAAUAUAUAUAUUCUUAAAGCUUAAACCAUGGAACUCCUUUGCUACGAGGCGGACACCGUACGAAGAGCUCAUCCAGACCCGAAUCUUCUGUACGAUGACCGGGUUUUGCAAAACCUGUUAUCCAUUGAAGAGAGAUUUUUACCCCAGUGUUCUUAUUUCAAAUGCUUUCAAAAGGAUAUUCAACCUUUUAUGCGGAAGAUGGUUGCAACUUGGAUGCUUGAGGUUUGUGAAGAGCAGAAGUGCGAGGAAGAAGUUUUCCCUCUGGCUAUGAACUACUUGGACAGAUUUCUAGCAGUGGUACCUACCAAAAAGUGUAAUCUGCAAUUAUUGGGAGCGGUGUGCAUGUUUCUUGCGUCAAAAUUGAAAGAGACGCGUCCAUUAACUGCAGAGAAACUCUGUAUCUAUACUGACAACUCCAUCAAACCACAGGAGUUGCUGGAGUGGGAGCUGGUGGUCCUUGGAAAAUUGAAGUGGAACCUGGCUGCAGUGACUCCCCACGACUUCAUCGAACACAUCAUGAAAAAGCUGCCCUUGCCCAGUGAAAAGCUGCCCUUAAUCCGCAAACACGCGCAGACCUUCAUCGCCCUUUGUGCCACAGAUUUCAGCUUUGCUAUGUACCCUCCAUCAAUGAUAGCAACUGGAAGUGUCGGAGCAGCGAUCUGUGGACUUCAGCUCGACGAUGGGGACCGGUCCCAGUGGGGAGACAACUUGACAGACUUGCUGGCUAAAAUUACCAACACAGAAGUGGACUGCCUGAAAGCUUGUCAAGAGCAGAUCGAAUCGGUUCUGGUCCGCAACUUGAGACAGGUGCGCCAGCAGCAGCAGCAGGAUCCGAGAGGCCCCCGCAAGGAGAUGGACGAGCUGGACCAGGCCAGCACCCCAACAGACGUCCGAGACAUCAACCUGUGAGCUGGUUGCCUGGAAACCUCACAGGAGAGCGUAGAGCUGGAGAAAUUAAAAUAACAGCCGACCCCCCCCCAACAACAAAGUGUGCUUGCUAGUCUUUCUACAAAGACCUUAUUUUUUUAUUUUCCUUAAAAAUUACAACAAACGUGUGCUCCCGUUUAUAUAGAGGGGAAAAAAAGCUAUUUUAGAUAUUUAAAAAAAAAUUAAAAUGAAAUUUAAAAAACCAAUAAAGUCUGUGGUUCUGCAGAAGGAUAACCUGCCAUAAACUAUUUUGCAUACUCAAUUGUUUUUAAGUUGUAUAGCCGCAGUAAAGUUCCAGUUAAAAAAAAAAGAUAAAAGCUUAAAAAAAGCUUGUAAAAAAUAGCAGGAGAAUUACAAGGCUGUGUGUAUGAGUGAAGGGGCUAAGGGCCAGAUGUACGAAGAUGGGCCGGGCCACUUGCAAGGCAAACAUUGUGUUUCUGUUGGGACACUUCGCACAGUAAACAUUGUGUGCUAAUAAGCCUUGUGAGAGCUUUGCGACACGUUUCCAAAGGAAUAGCAGUAGGUAACUUGUGGUUAAGGCUGAACUGUAUAGCCUGCUAGCCCACCUGUGUGUUGUCGAGCAGAAACUAAGAAGUGUCCUGGAAAAACGUCUGAUCAGGAAAACAAACUUGCACUUGAAGUGGAAAGGGAGACAGGAGAAGAAUCUCGUUGUUUUUUUUCCUAUCGAGGUGCUGGAAAUGUCAUACCCUUUCCCACAGCUGGGUAAAUACGCAUCUGUUUAUAAAAGUAACCAAGCUGUGAGCGGACUUGUAAUACUUGAUUAUAACAUUUGUAAUUACUACGGUUGAAUCACAUACCACCUACAGUACACACUCUUAGGUUAGGUGCAUUUCCUAUUGCUCUACACAUGUUCAGAGUGAGCUGAAGGUUCCAGAAGCACCUGUGCAUGUGUAUGUGUACAGUUUUUGCUCCCAAUACACUGGGGAAACUAGACAUGCCAAAGAUUUUUUGUUCAGUGCUGGCAGGUGAAACCUGCUUAUAGGGGAAAAUAGGAAUUUGUGCUUUAGUCUCAUUAAGUAGAUUAUCCAGUGCCUAUGCCUAUAUAUACAGUAAAUACCUUUUUUCCUUCCAUUCACCCAUUGCUGCUGAACAUGAUGUCAACUUGUCACAACUGCCAUGGUCAGGGACCAGAAAAGAAAUGUUCUCAACAAAUUGACACGUUUUGAAGUGUCGCACUUGGUAGCAGCUGCACUGCCUCUUAUUCAAAUUCUUGAGAAAUUACUUUUUGUUGUGGACUCCGCCCAGAUUUUGCAACUCCUCACAGGAAUCCCCGAAAUUAAGCAUACAAUCGAACUGCAAAGAAUGAUUUUGCCGCAGCGAAAUAUUUCUCGAAACCUCGCACGUAUCAUUGUGCCCGCAUAGCCCGUCGCUUGGAAGGUUUUUUUAAAACACAUCGGCGACUCCUACAACAGGCGCAGUCUGGGUAGGGUACAUCUGGCCCCUAGUUUUAUUUCUAUCUUGGCGUGUGCGUGACCAUCAUUAUCGGACACCUUGUGUUUUUCCAUUCGGUGCAAACGGAGCGCCCAGUACAGCCUUUUCUCCUGCGUGUAAAAAGAAACUUCCGCUCAGAUGCGUGUGUUUGUGACUGUGCGGUUUGCAGCGUCGUUAGAUUGCGAAGCAAUAGACUUGAGAGAAAUUAGGGAAGGUUCCAGACAGGGGGAAAAGCCCCUGAGUGGGCUGAACCAAUUUUUGAUACAGAAAAAAAAAGGUUUUCAGUACGGAAUGUUAAAUCUAUUAUUUUUAUUAUUAUUAUUUUAUUAUUAAUAAUAUUAUUAUAAGUGUUGUUUUUUGUUGUUGUUAAGCAACUACUUCUGUCACGGUGAAUGCUUUGUCACUAAUAGUGACUUCAAUAAGCUUUUCUUGUUGUUGUUUUUUUUUUUGUAGUGUCAGGAAAUAGCUGCUUCUUCAGUGUGCGUUUACGUGCCUGCGCGCGUCUGAGGGUGGGUGUCGGAGGCGAGGGUUGCUUCUGCAGCCUGCUUGUUAGUGCACCUGUGUCAUUGUGCUCCACUCGUGCGCUUUGUCUUUGUGGGGAAAAAAAUGGGGCUUGUGGAGAUGACCUCGCUUUAGGGGAGGGGGGGGCUGAGCCCGCUCGCUCCACAGAGUGCCGGGGGGGGGGGUGGGGCCGGGGUGGGGUGGGGGCAGUACGUACUGUGCAGUCCAGGGGAAAGAAAAUAGAGGUGGUGGAGAAAUGAGGAGAGUGCAGAGUAAUCACCAGUGGUGGAAUGGCGUACUCUGCAGUGCGCACGGUGAGGGGAGUACUGUAAUCGUUGUGUGGGGUGGGAGUGAACUGUGUUUCCCUGCCGGUUUUGCAAUCCAGGUGACUUUUUCGUUUUCCGUCUUCUGAGAUGAGCACCACAACGUGUACCUAUGCCAUGCAGGGUGUGGGCUUGGCUAGUAAGGGAUCAUAUAGCGCCCAUGGUAGCAAAGUCUCCAUUUGAGGUUGCAGACGUGAGUUAGUGCUGGCCAAGGGAAUGCUCAGUUUUGCAGAAUUUGGUCAUAUCCCUCACUGGUUGUCACCGGGCAUGCUGCUUAAUGAGGGCAAGAGGUUUUAAAGGCAGUGGCUGGGUUAAAAGGUGAAGGGGCAUAGAGGUGGGGAUGUGGUCAAGCUAAAGCUCAAGUCCCAGAGCCUUUCCCAGCAAUAAACUGAUUUUUUUAUGUGUA